AUGACUAUAAGUAGAAAGGGUGACAUGUUGUGGCAUCAUUUAUUGAGAUUUUUAAUGAUACAGGAAGUUGAUUGGCUUAUCACCAAGAGAAAGAGCUCAGCUCAUCUCAAAGAGAGAGCUUAUCACAAAGAGAAAGAUCUCAGCUCAUCUCAAAGAGAGAGCUUAUCACAAAGAGAAAGAGCUCAGCUCAUCUCAAAGAGAGAGCUUAUCACAAAGAGAAAGAGCUCAGCUCAUCUCAAAGAGAGAGCUUAUCACAAAGAGAAAGAGCUCAGCUCAUCUCAAAGAGAGAGCUUAUCACCAAGAGAAAGAGCUCAGCUCAUCUCAAAGAGAGAGCUUAUCACAAAGAGAAAGAGCUCAGCUCAUCUCAAAGAGAGAGCUUAUCACAAAGAGAAAGAUCACAUCUUAGAGGAGAGGCUUAUCACAAAGGAAAGAGCUCAUAACAGAAAGCUUAUCCACACCAAAGAGAUUAUCACAAAGAUAUGGUCAAGAGAAAGAGCCUUUAGCAAAGAGAUUAUCCCAGGAUAUCACUUAGAAAAAAGAGCUCAUUGCCCAUUGAGAAAGAAGGGAUUACAAAGAGCUUAUCAAAACGAGAAAGCUUAUAGCAAAGUGCUUAUCAUAAAAGCAAAGAGCUCAUUACAAAGAGAUUAUCUCAAGGAGAAAAAAAAAGCAAGGAGCUUAUUAUAG